UGGUACUUCCUCGUUUGUUUUCUGAGCGGAACCGAAACCAGACGCCCAAUUUCAGAAUGCAUCUGUCCAGGGUUGGAAUUUACAUGAAGAGGAGAAAGCGGGGCUGCUCUCAAGCCUGAACAUUUCUUGUCUUCCUCCAUCUGGCCGUCACUCUCCCUGCCUCCUCAGAUUGGUGCUCAGCCCCUCUCCUCUCGCCAACAUGCUGUGUUGGGGGAAUGCAAAGGAUGGACAGUUGGGUAUCGGUAUGGACAGGAACCCCAUGUUUGAGCCAAGGAACUGUCAUGUGUUCAGUGGCAGGGGGCUUAAAGAAAUCGUCUGUGGAGGACAACACUCGCUGUUCCUGCUGCAUGAUGGGAGUGUGUACACAUGUGGUUCUAACAGCUGUGGACAGCUGGGCCACAACAAACCAGGGACUUCCCCAGAGCUUGUAGGAGCUCUGGAUACUCAGACGAUAAUGAUGGUGUCGAGUGGUCGGGCCCAUUCGAUGGCGGUGAAUGAACAGGGUCAAGUGUUUGCGUGGGGAGCAGGUGAAGGGGGCCAGCUGGGCCUGGGGACUGCAGAGGCGGUUGUACGAAUCCCAAGGCUGGUCAAAAGGUUGUGUGACCACAGGAUCUCUCAAGUAAUGUGUGGGAAUCAGCACUGCAUUGCACUUUCUAGAGAUGGCCAGCUGUUCACGUGGGGCCAGAACACCAGCGGACAGCUCGGUCUGGGCAAGGGAGAGCCGAGCAAGCUGUUCCCUCAUCCCCUCAAGUCUCUGGCGGGUAUUCCUUUGGCACAGAUAACCGCCGGGGGAGACCACAGUUUCGCUCUCUCCUUGUCCGGAGCUGUAUUCGGUUGGGGCAAGAACAGAGCUGGACAGCUGGGUCUCAAUGAUAAACAAGAUCGUGCUGUCCCCUGCCACAUCAAAUUUUUGAGAUCUCAAAAAGUUGUUCACAUCGCCUGUGGAGAUGAACAUACAGCAGCCCUCACAAAGGAUGGCGGUUUGUUUACAUUUGGCGAAGGCUCGUGGGGUCAGCUGGGUCACGGCUCCACCAACAAUGAACUGUUACCCAGAAGAGUGCUGGAGCUCAUGGGCACUGAGGUGUCGCAGAUCACCUGUGGCAGGCACCACACGUUGGCAUUUGUGCCUUCCUCCAGUGUGGUGUAUGCGUUUGGUUGUAACAGCUACGGCCAGCUGGGCACAGGAAUACUGGGGGAUGCGAGAAGCCCAUUACCCGUAAAGGCCAUUUUCCUGACUGGAAAUUCCCAAAAAACAGUGACCAAAAUCAUCUGUGGAGGAGACCAUAGCUUCUUAUUGUACUCUAAUCAACAGAAUUCUGUCCCACCAGAAGACUUCAGAGUGAUUAAUGUCAGUAAAUCUCUCUCCCCAAUGAAUUAUGAACGAUUAAAUUCAUGGAGAUUAAAGCUGAUGUACAGCACAGAUUCCAGUGUCACAAAUGACAUCAUAGUUCAACUCUCCUCUACGGCUUGUUGGAACGCCAGCUUCUUGGACCAAAGUGAUGAUGUCCACUUCAAAACCAACCCAAAGAUCCCCGGCAUCGAUCUCAACUCUGUCAGAGUGCUGUUUGAUACGCUCAGCAAACCGGCCUUCUCUGGACUUCUGGAGCAGGCCACCAAGAGUUUUGAGAGUCUGUUGAUCCCUCAGCUGCCGCGCUCCCCUCCGGACGUCGAGGCCAUGAGGAUCUACCUCAUCUUGUCUGAGUACCCGGCCCUGUUCGACUCCAAGAACUACAUCCGCCUCACUAUCCCCCUGGCUAUGGCCAUCCUCCGGCUAGACGCCAACCCCAGCAAAGUAUUGGACAACUGGUGGUGUUUUGUGGACGGCAGCGUGUUCACAAGAAUGGUCGACAUGUACAAGAGCAUCGUUGUGUUCAUGCUGACGGGAGGCAAGACGCUGCUGGUUCCCGUCUUCUACGAGAACUAUUUUAUUGCUACUCUGAGGCUGCUGGAGAAACUCCACAAGGUAAACUUAAAAGCCCGCCAUGUGGAGUACAGCCGCUUUUAUAUCCCCGACAUCACCAACCUGGUGGACAUCCAGGAAGACUACCUCAAAUGGUUUCUGAGUAAAGCUGAAAUUAAAGUGGGAUCAUCCUCCCCUUCACAGAGUGACUUUCCCUCACUGAACCUAUGUGCCUACCCGUUCAUACUGAACGCUCAAGCCAAGACAACCAUGCUGCAAACAGACGCUGAACUGCAAAUGCAGAUGGCAGUAAGCGGUGCAAACCUACACAACGUCUUUAUGCUGCUCACGCUUGAACCCCACCUUGCUAGGAACCCUUACCUGGUGCUCCAUGUGCGAAGGAACCAUUUAGUGAGCGACACGUUACGAGAGCUCACCAUGUACUCUGAUGUGGACCUCAAGAAACCGCUCAAGGUGAUCUUUGAUGGAGAAGAGGCCGUGGAUGCAGGCGGAGUAACGAAAGAGUUCUUCCUGCUGUUGUUGAAGGAGCUGAUGGAUCCUGUAUAUGGGAUGUUCACUCAUUACAAAGAAUCAAACCUGCUGUGGUUCUCAGACAAAUGUUUUGUUGAGCAGAACUGGUUUCACCUGAUCGGGAUCAUCUGCGGUCUGGCCAUCUACAACUCCACAGUGGUGGACCUCCACUUCCCCCUGGUCCUCUACAAGAAGCUGCUGGAUGUGACUCCAACGCUGGAGGACUUCAAGGAGCUCUCGCCCACCGAGGCCAGGAGUCUACAGCAGCUUCUAGAUUAUGAAGGAGGUGAUGUGGAGGAGACGUUUCUUCUCAACUUUGCUAUCACCAGGGAGAACUACGGGAUGACAGAAGUCAAGGAGCUCGUUCCUGGAGGAGAAAGCAUCAGUGUGGACAAAAACAACAGGAAGGAGUUUGUGGAGGCCUACCUGCGCUACGUGUUCUCAGACUCUGUGAGCGAACAGUACUCGGCCUUCUCGGCUGGUUUCCUGAAGGUGUGCGGGGGGGAGAUCCUGUCGCUGUUCCAGCCCUCUGAGCUGAUGGCGAUGGUGGUCGGCAACAAUAACUACAACUGGGAGGAGAUGGAGAAGAAUGCUGUUUACAAAGGGGAAUAUACAGCUACUCAUCCAACAGUCAGAUUGUUCUGGGAGGUUUUCCACGAGUUCUCUCUGGAGAAGAAGAAGCAGUUCUUAUUGUUCCUGACUGGCAGCGACCGCAUCCCCAUCCACGGCAUGGAGAGCCUGCGUAUUGUCAUCCAGUCCACCACAGCAGAGGAGCACUACCUGCCUGUGGCUCACACCUGCUACAACCUGCUGGACAUGCCCCGCUACCAGACCAAAGACAUCCUGCGCCGCCGUCUCACUCGGGCUGUGGAGCAGUACGAGGGCUUCAGUCUGGUCUGAGGAGGCGGAGCCCUGCAGCGGUUUUGAUGCACUUUAACAGCAAUACGACCCCCCUGUCUGUGUCAAAAGAGUGUAACGGGGGACUUCGGGACACAGGAAGGUCACUCUCUUUAUAUGCUCUUACAAGAUUGUUUAGCAUCUUGAAUCUGAAAGGUCUAUCUAUGUAAAUGCAGAGUAUUAUUGUUUUUAUUGCUUUUACUGCUGGCCAAAGUUUCUCAACCUUUUAAGACUAUUUGAAAGAAAAAUUUAAUGCUGGUGUUUAUUUUAAAUGUAUCGCAAUCCUAAAAAUAAAAAUGACAUACUUAAAUUCACAUCAUAAAAACAUUGUGACCAAAAAUCAAAGGCCAUAGGAGGUUGAGAAUCUCAAGCUCUGGGUGUUUGAGUUUUUUUUUUUUUUUGUCUUUUUUUCUUUCCGCACAGCUGUGUAUUUUAUAUUCAACUCCUUAAAUUCUAUUUUUUACCUUUAAAUAAUUAUGUUAUUACCUUGAGACAAUAAAUCUGCUUUUUGUUACUUUUAAUUUAAUAAAUAGAGUGGUUAUUUUUUGACAGAAUAUAAAAUGUGUAUAUAUGUAUGUACAUAGCACUUUGAAUAUAAUCUUUACCCUUGACAUUGGAAGCUAGUCCAGCUGAUCCUUUAAAUGUGGACACCAGCAUGUCCUCUCUUGCCUGAAAUGACAGGACAAUGGGAGAGUGUUCAGCAGGCAGAUGAAACAUGGUGAAUAUUAUUUGCAAUCCCUCGUUUAUUUUGAGCUGUGGGUCUCAGAGCAGCUGACUUUGUCUUGAACCUGCAUUCAACAGUGUUGCCUUCUACAGCAAACCUACAUGAGAAGCUGACUUUUAAAGUUGAUUUUUUUUAGGUGGUUGUUGUCUGUGUGCAUGUACUUGGGUGAAAGCAUUAAAAAAACCUGUCAUUUAAAAAGUUUGACAUUUGGGAAAUACGCUCAUUAGCUUUCUGGCAGUUAAAUGAUAAAUGUGAUACUAUUUCCGAUGGCAACUAGCAGCCGGUUAGCUUCAUUUAGCACAAAGACUGGAGACUGGGUGAAACAGUUAGCCUAGCUGUGUUUGACUGCGACAAACCCCUCCUAGAACCACUGAAACUCACAAAGUAACAAGUUAUAU